CCAUGCAUAUUCUCCGCCGCGACGGCGGGAGCGUCGACAACAUUCUGAUAUAUACUGUGUCCCGGUGUAUAUCAGAGUACGUCUUGAUGACAAAGCGUAUCACUCUCACUCCGCCGCUACGGCGGUAUCCACAACCUGCCCUAAACUUUGUCAUCUCUCAGUCAUUGUGCAAAAAGUUGGUAAUGACGAUGGAGUCUACGAUUCAUACCCAAGCAUCCAAAAGACGCAAACUGCGCAAGGGUACGCAUAGUUGCAGGGAGUGUAAGCGGCGAAAAGCAAGAUGUGUAUUCGCGAGCCCUGUGGAAGGAGUAUGCAUCGGGUGCCGACAUCGAGGUACACUGUGUAUGGGUCAAGAUGAGGAACCUGAAUGGGACAAUCGGGAGGGCAUAGGGGAGACGAAGAUUCCGAACCAGCGAUUGGAACGUAUUGAAUUCAUGUUGGAGGCAUUGAUGGAAGAGCGAGGACUGAACUCCAAAGGCGGUCAUGGCAGAACCGGAAACAAGGAUGCCGUUACUUCAGAAAAUGUCUCUCCCCCUACAAUGGCCUUGGAUGAAGCUGGGACGGCAAACAAUUCAGUGGAAUCCUCACAUCAUCCAGGGCCGAAUAUAACGCUUUCACAGCAACUGUAUGAGCUUCAUCCUUCUGCUGAAGAGUGCCGGACGGUCUGUGCAAAUUCUGAUUACAUUCCUUGUUUUUUCCAGCAACUGCUCUCAAGGAACUAUCUGCAGGUUUUCAAAUCGCCCCCACAGCUUGUCUUGACUAGAACGGAACUCGCCAUACCCCCACCACCAUCUGCACAUCCAAUCCUACUAGCACAGAGACUACUGAUCCUAGCGUGUAUCAGUCAAUACUCUGGCGAUGAUUCAGAGUCUACCAUGCGCUGUAGAGCCAGGAUACAAGAUUUGGCAAACAUUGUCAUCGAGAUGAUCAUGACUAAAGACCACCUUAUGGGAAAUGCUGAAGGGUUGGAGUGUCUAAUGCUGGAAGCCACAUUCCAUUGGAACAACGGAAACAUACGCCGCGCCUUUACGACGAUCAGGAGAGCCAUGGCUCUCGCUCAGCUUCUGGGAUUGCAUCGCCAUGAGUAUCAGGCAGGCCCACAGCAAAUCGACAAUCAGGCUCCAAAAUUCGACGCAGCAUACAUGUGGUACAGGAUUGUCUACCUCGAUCGCCUGUAUUGUCUCAUUCUCGGCGUACCCCAAGGGUCGUCUGACAUCAAAUUCGCAAACCCCACAGCAGUCCUCAAUAUGAGUUUCGAAGAACACUUAGAACGGGAACACUGCAUCAUAGCCUCUCAAAUCCUCUCCCGAAACGAACUCGAAACACACGAAAAUACAACUACAUUCACCUCAGCCAUCGAAAAGGCUCUCCAAUCUGCAGCCAAUAUACCCCCGACCUCGUGGUGGCUCCUACCAACGCUAACAUCUACCUCUUCCCGCGCAGACCGCUUUCUAGCGACCAGUCGUCUCGCCCUACAACUCUUCCACUUCAACCUCAUCAACCAAACGCACCUCCCUUAUAUCUUCCAACAUACUUCUUCCUGCAAAUCCGCAUCAUCCACGACCCCAUACGAUCCAGACCCCAGUAAAAUCGCCUGCGCGACCGCAAGCCGCGAAAUUCUCUCCCGCUACCUUCUCAUGCAAGAUCUGCGUCUUGUAUCAUAUGCCUACACUUUCCUCGACUUCUUCACCCUCAUCGCCGCCAUGACGCUAUUGACACUUCACAUCGAUACCUAUUGGCGUCACCGCUCUUCCACUCCGCAUAUCCUCGCGCACAUGCGGCCCAGCGACCGCGCGAUGGUGGAACGGCUCGUACAUUUCCUUUCUUUGAAAGAUUCGGGGACGUCUGCGAAGGGGUUGCGUGUUCUUGAGGAGUUGCUUGGUGUUGAGGAGGAGGUGUGGCGAUGGGGGAGCGUGGGUAAAGGUGGGAUCGUUAGGGAAAAAGGAGAGAUUAAUGUAGAGGUGGAGGAGGGAGAAGGUGGGCAGAAGAGAUUCUUUGAGAUUCGGAUGCCGUGGUAUGGGCUUUUGAGGUUGAAUGCUAGAAUGACUUGUUUUCAGAGGUGUGCGGAGGUUGAAGAGGUGGAGACUAGGAUUGAGGAUAUAGAUACGAGUAUUGUGGAAGAGGAGGCGGACGUUCUUCUUGGGGGCUGGUUGAAUGGGGGAGAGGGUGACCUUUCACCUACGUUCCUUGGACCGGAUUUGGAGGGGUUUGAGACGGGAUUGUUCGACAGUCUGGAUGGGGCUGUGGGUGGAGGAGAUGAGUAA